UAAAAUUAUUGCAAUAAUGCCUUACAUCACAAGAGAUAUGGCAAAAUUUGCCCGUGAAAAAGGUCUAAAUUCUGAAACUGACCAUGAGACUAAAUUUGAUGGAAGUAGUUGUAAUUCAGAUUCGGUUGCUCGAAAAUUACGAGAACAGCCAUUUUCUGUUGUACCCGUUUCUACCGAUAACGAUGUCCAAUCGUCAUUUGCUAGUCAUUCAUCAUGUGGAUCGAAAUGUAGUCAAAAAAGUCGCUCAUAUCAAAAAUCACUUGCUUCAUCAGCAUCAUCAGAAAAGCGACAUUUAUCAAUGACGGGUCGUAGAAAAUCUUCAACAAAAUCAGCUACAUCAUCAGUAAUAAUAAAUAAAUUGUCUAGUAAAUAUGAAAGUCCAAGCAAGAAUCUUUCAUUUAAUGAAAAAAUGAUUAAAUAUUCCAUCGGAUUGUUACGAUCGAACAUAACUAAACUAUAUGAUAUGGAUGGUGCCAUGAAUAUUGAACGUUCAAAAGAAUUUAAGAGCUAUAAAAUCGAUCACAAUACGCCAUUGAUAACGAAUGUAAGAAAUUGUGAUCGUAUAGUCAAAGCAGUUCAUAGAAAUGAAGAAUUCAAAGAAUUUCCUUUAUGCUGCAAAGUUUAUGAUCUUAGCAGGACACCAAUGGAUCCUGAUAAAUCAGAAUAUGUGAAAAUUCUUCGAUCAUUAGCACGUAAACAUCCCAGUAUCAUACAAACUUGGGCCGUAUUCUUUGACCCGCAACAGCAACAAAUUCUUGUCAUACAAGAAUAUAUGGCCCAUGGAUCUGUAGAAUCAUAUUUGAAAGGAAAAAGUCGUACAUGCUUCGAAGAAAGAAAAGCAUCAGAAAUUUCUCAACAACUUGCGAUGGCAUUAGAUUUUCUCGGUGAUAUGGGCAUAUCGCAUCGUUCAUUAUCACCACGAUACAUUAUGAUUGCACAUCGACAGCCGAUACGAGUUAAGCUUACCGGAUUUUUUUCGGCCAUUAUCUAUUGGGAUAUACGUCGCGAAAAUGUUAAUCUUGUGCCGUGUAUUGCGUUGGCCGAUAAACCAUUGGAACCAGAAUUUCAAGCACCGGAAGUUUAUGGUGAUUCCAUCACUGAAGCUUUUGAUCCUAUUCAUGCUGAUAUCUGGUCAUUUGGAGCUAGCAUCUACUUUAUUUUGACAAAAAGAUAUCCAUACGAUUUUUCGCAAGAAAAUCCGAGAAUCGAAGAAGAAAUUCAAGCAAAUGUUAAUCAAACAAAAACCUCAUCUCAAUGUCGAAAUUUUUUAUCCCGUAUUCUGUGUUCCAGUGCUGAUCAACGAAUGAAAUUCGAUAAACUAACAAGCCAUCCAUGGAUUAUGAGAUGAAAAUUCAAAUCUAAUGAUGUUGAUAUAUCUGCUAACAGAUGGCGAAUCAAACGUUUUUCAAAAUUAGGCCACCAAAAAAAUUAUUUUAGAUUAA